UUUACACGUGGUGGUAGAUGGACCUACUCAGAUGACUCCCUCUGUACAGUUUGUUCAUAAUGUUAUAUAGCUUCCUGCCUGCCUUCCUUUAUUGGAGCUAUAAUACCUCAUUGCCUCACCUGCCUUCAUUAACUUUUCUUCCUCUUCCCGGUUGGUUGUCAAGUCUUUCCUCCAAUUUUAUUGUCUGAUAUAUUGUCAUUGCUAUAAUUCCGAUUCCGCUAUUUGUUUGACUGUGCAGAGUAACAUUUGAUUCGAAAUGGCGGUUAAUGCUGCGAAUCCUGAUGAACAGGUUGUUCUUGGUGAAGAGAUUGAUCAUGUGAGGUUGAUCACCUUAAACCGUCCUCGUCAAUUAAAUGCUAUUUCACCUGAACUUGUUUCGCUGGCGGCGGCAUAUCUAGAAAAGUGGGAGAAAGAUGAUAAAGCAGAGCUUGUUAUCAUCAAGGGUGCUGGUCGAGCUUUUUCUGCUGGUGGGGAUUUGAAAGUGUUUUAUGAUGGGAAAAAAACAAAGGAUUCCUGCCUUGAAGUGGUCUACAGAAUGUACUGGCUCUGCUAUCACAUUCAUACGUAUAAGAAAACCCAGGUUGCUCUUGUUCACGGAAUUUCAAUGGGUGGAGGCGCAUCAUUCAUGGUGCCAAUGAAAUUUUCAGUUGUUACGGAAAGAACUGUGUUUGCCACUCCAGAAGCAAGUUUUGGGUUUCAUACUGAUUGUAGCUUCUCUUACGUGCAUUCUCAUCUACCUGGACGAUUGGGGGAAUUCUUGGCAUUGACCGGAGGACGGUUGAAUGGGAAGGAAUUAGUCGCAGCUGGACUGGCAACCCAUUUUGUCCCUUCUGAGAAACUUGCUGAGUUAGAGAAGCGCCUGAUUACCUUAAAUUCUGGUGAUGAGAAUGCUGUAAGAUCAGUGAUUGAAGAAUUUUCUUCAGAAGUUAAGCUUGACGAAGACAGCAUCUUAAACAAGCAGUCGAUGAUUGACGAGUGCUUCUCAAAGGAUACUGUGGAAGAAAUUAUAAAAUCAUUAGAAGCUGAAGCAAGCAAAGAAGGAAAUGGAUGGAUUGGCGCAAUACUUAAAGGAAUGAAAAGGUCAUCACCCACUGCAUUGAAAAUAACUCUAAGAUCGAUUCGUGAAGGAAGAAAUCAGACACUAUCAGAAUGUCUAAAAAAGGAAUUUAGACUGACGAUGAAUAUACUCCGAACCACGAUAUCUGAGGAUAUGUAUGAGGGUAUUAGAGCUCUUACCAUUGACAAGGACAAUGCUCCAAAGUGGCAACCUCCAGCACUUGACAAAGUAGAUGAUGGAAAGGUGGACUUGGUCUUUCAGCCAUUUGAAAAGGAUUUUGAGCUGCAGAUUCCGGAGAAGGAGGAAUGCAGGUGGGAAGGCAAAUAUGAGAAUUCUGCUUAUGCAGCCUAAGAUAAGAGGAGCGAACAGGAAGAAUAUCUGGUUAGAUGCUGUUUCUUCCUUGAAGAGUAAGAUUACUACGGAUAUUUGGCUCAGGUUCUUAUGCUUAGUGGUGGAUAUCCAUGCCUCGUUUAUGGUUGAUGCUUUCAUGUAAUUUAGAAUUAGAAUAAAAUGAGAGGGUUCAUGAGUUAUGAAGAACUGUCAACCUUGAAGUUCUUAAAAGAGUCAAGAUUUGCAAUUAAUCAUUUUAAUCUCAAUGAAGCAAAUAGAUAAAUCACACUAUGGAGUGUCUAACUAACUUAAUGGGAAGACUUUUCAAUGAAC